AUGAAGUCGAACUUGGAUUGGAGGAAAAGCCCGCGAAUUUGUCGGGUAAAGGCAGAUUUCGAACCCAAUCAAGACGAAGAGCUCGAUGAGAUUGACCUUGCGGGGAUGCUCAUCGCCGCCACUGCCAAACACAUGAAAUCAAGUCGUCGGCCGAGAAACAAUAACAGAAGACCCAGUCGUUAG